GAGGAGACAGCGGCGGCGGCGGCGGCAGUGGCACGGAUUCUUGGUCUCCAGCGUUCCCAGGAGAGGAGCCGCCUGCUUUUUUGGACACCGAGGAGAACGAGGAAGACGUGGCCGCGCCUCGCCUCGCCUUUGGCUUCCACGCUACCGGAGCUGCAAGAGCCGCUGCGGCGAAGGAAGCAGUAGUAGCUGCAGGCUGGCCUUGGUGGUUAUUCAUUUGACUCUAGAAAUGGAGAAAAUGGUGCUGGUCUGCUGUCUUUUGUUCUUUGGACAAAUUCUACUUUUCCCUGCUGAGGCCAGGGAGAGGCACCUCCCAUGGCCAUUAUCAAGGGGAAGAAAUUCUCUGGCCCAUCCCCAGACUGCUUUGCUUGAAAGCUCAUGUGAAAACAAGCAAGCAGAUCUAGUUUUCAUCAUUGACAGCUCCCGCAGUGUCAGCCCCUAUGAUUUUGCAAAGGUGAAGGAAUUCAUUGUGACCAUCUUGCAAUUCCUGGACAUUGGCCCUGAUGUCACCAGGGUGGGCCUGAUCCAGUAUGGCAGCACCGUCAAGAAUGAGUUCUCACUGAAGACUUUCAAGAGAAAGUCUGAGGUAGAGAGAGCCGUCAAGAGAAUGAUGCAUUUGUCCACUGGCACCAUGACUGGGUUAGCCAUCCAGUAUGCAGUGAACAUUGCGUUUUCUGAAGCUGAGGGGGCUCGGCCUCUCAGGGAAAAUGUGCCCCGGAUUAUUAUGAUUGUGACAGAUGGGAGACCACAGGACCCAGUGGCUGAAGUAGCAGCAAAGGCUAGGAAUUCGGGCAUCUUGAUUUUUGCCAUUGGUGUGGGUCAGGUGGACUACAAUACUCUGAAAUCCAUUGGAAGUGAACCUCACGAAGACCACAUUUUCUUGGUGGCCAACUUCAGCCAGAUUGAGACUCUAACUUCAGUGUUCCAGAAUAAACUAUGCGUGGCCCACAUGUGCAAUAUCAUGGAGCAUAACUGUGCCCACUUUUGUAUCAACACACCUGGCUCCUACCUUUGCAGAUGCAAACAAGGAUAUAUUCUGAACACAGAUCAGAAAACUUGUAGAAUUCAGGAUCUAUGUGAAAUGCAGGACCAUGCCUGUGAGCAGAUAUGUGUAAAUGUUCCAGGAUCCUAUGUGUGCCAAUGCUAUAAUGGUUAUACCCUCGCUGAAGAUGGGAAGAAAUGUGUCAUUGUGGAUUAUUGUGCCUCAGAAAACCAUGGCUGUGAACAUGAGUGUGUAAAUGCUGAUAAUUCCUAUUUCUGCAAAUGCCAUAAAGGGUUUGCUCUUAACCCAGAUAAAAAAACAUGCAACAAGUUGGAUUACUGUGCUUCCCUUAACCAUGGUUGCCAGCAUGAAUGUGUUAAUACGGAGGAUUCUUAUUCUUGUCGAUGCCUGAAAGGAUUUAAUCUGAACCCAGAUAAGAAAACAUGCAGAAGAAUCAACUACUGUGCUAUGAGAAAACAUGGCUGUGAGCAUGAAUGUGCAAAUACAGAAGAAGGUUACUAUUGCCGUUGUCGUCCUGGAUAUACCCUCAACCCCAAUGGGAAGACUUGCAGAAGGGUGGAUCACUGUGCAGAGAAUAAUCAUGGCUGUGAGCAGUUAUGCCUAAACACGGAUGACUCAUAUGUGUGUCAGUGUUCGGAAGGCUUCGUCAUUAAUGAGGAUCUAAAAACUUGUUCAAGAGUGGAUUAUUGCUUGUUGAGUGAUCAUGGUUGUGAACAUUCCUGCAUAAAUACUGACGAAUCCUUUGUUUGUCAAUGCUCUGAGGGAUAUGUACUCAGGAGUGAUGGAAGAACCUGUAAAAGACUGGACGCCUGUGCUCUGGGAGACCAUGACUGUGAGCAUACUUGUGUAAGCCUUGAGGAUUCUUACGAGUGCCGCUGCUAUGAAGGUUACACUCUCCGAGAUGAUGGGAAAACCUGCAGAGUAUUGGACCCGUGUGCUCUGGGACACCAUGGUUGUGAGCAUUCCUGUGUGAGCAGAGGAGAGUCUUACAUGUGCAUCUGUUUUGAAGGGUAUACACUUCUACAAGAUGGGAAAACCUGCAAAAGAGAGGAUGUCUGCAAAUCCACCAAUCACGGCUGUGAACACACUUGUGUUAAUGAUGGCAACUCCUACAUCUGCAAAUGCUCAGAGGGAUAUGUUCUGGCAGAAGAUGGGAAACGGUGCAGAAAAUGCACUGAAGGCCCCAUUGACCUGGUAUUUGUGAUUGACGGAUCCAAAAGUCUCGGAGAGGAGAACUUUGAGAUUGUGAAGCAUUUUGUCACAGGCAUCUUAGAAUCCCUCGAGAUCUCCCCCAAAGCAGCUCGAGUGGGGCUGCUGCAGUAUUCAACCCAGGUCCGCACAGAGUUCACCCUGAGGGACUUCCACACAGCCAGAGACAUGAAAAAGGCUGUGACCCACAUGAAGUACAUGGGCAAAGGCUCCAUGACUGGCUUGGCCCUGAAGCAGAUGUUUGAGAAAAGUUUUACAGAAGGGGAAGGAGCCAGGCCACUUUCAGCAAGAGUGCCCCGAGUAGCCAUUGUGUUCACAGAUGGGCGAGCCCAAGAUGAUGUCUCUGAAUGGGCGAACAGAGCCCAGCGGAAUGGAAUAACCAUCUAUGCUGUGGGAGUAGGAAAAGCCAUUGAGGAAGAAUUGCAGGAGAUUGCAUCUGAUCCCCCUGACAAACACCUUUUCUAUGCAGAAGACUUCAGUACAAUGGGAGAAAUAAGCGAAAAGCUCAAGAAAGGAAUCUGUAAAGCACUAGAAGAUUCAGAUGGGAACCAGGACUUCCCAGAAGGUGAUCUUUCCAAGAUGGCCCAACAACCCCCAGAACCUGAGCCAAUCACCAUAAAUAUCCAAGACCUACUUUCCUGUUCUAAUUUUGCAGUUCAUCACAGAUAUCUCUUUGAAGAUGACAGCCUUUCACAGUCUACACAAAGUCUUUUCCAUUCAACCAAAACAAAAGGAAGCCCUUCAGAAGAAAAGCACGAUCAGUGUAAAUGUGAAAACCUCCUAACAUUCCAGAACUUUGCAAACCAAGAGGUGAGAAAACUCACAGAAAGAUUGGAAGAAAUGACGAGGAGAAUGGAAGUCCUGGAAAAUCGCCUCAGAUACAGAUGAAGAUCUGAACUCAUCUUCAUGUUUAUAUGUAGAAUUAUCAUGCUAGACAGAAUUAUGGUGAAAGCAGAUUAGAGCCAUGAAGCUCCAGGUGCUAAAUCUGUAACAUUUUCAAAUCCCCAGACAUUUCUGGGGUAGAUAUUCAAUGUUAGAUUCCAUGUGAAACUAAGGCAAAAGCACACUAACUUGUAGAAAUACAUUUAGAAAGCAACCAUAGUGGAUUCUAAGUAGAAUUCAACCAACUGAGAAGAAAUAAGCUACCCAGCAAAUAUUAUUGUUUUGGAAAAUAUAUUUGUGGGCAUUUUAAAAGGUAUUUUUGUCAUAUACGAUGCACAUAAUUUCACUACUUGUUCUUCCCUUACAAAUUGAGUAUGCCAAUAUUUCAUUUGAUUACAAAAUAAACCACUUCUUAACAGUC